UCAUGGUCUAAUAGGUGAUGGUGCAACAUGCCCGUCGCUGCAGACCUCACAUUUCUCGUGGUAUGUCAGGAUCAUCAGGGUCGGUGAAAUCGCAAAUCGAAGACAAACGCACAAGCUUAAACAAGGAUGGAGGACACGAAACAAGAAGAUCCAGAAUUUUGGUACACUAGUAGAAAAGAUGGACAGGUGUCUGAGAAGACGACAAAAUCGAGGGUGCGCUCAAAAAGUCACAGCCCAAGUCGUCUCCAGGGAAAUUCAACGUGCAACUUGAACCCGACUAGUCAAAUAGAUUGUCCGCUUAACAGUUCUUCAUGCCUGGUCUCAUUGUCAACAACUGUCAGGGUUUCAAACGGCGACCAGAAAGAAGAAGGUUUGGAAUUUGAGCGUCGGGAGACACCGGAAGAGGAUUGCAGGAAUGCAUCAUCGAGACAAAAACAAGGGGAUACUGUCUCUCAUGCAACUACGGAGAAGAAAACUUCAUCCGCAAAGAGAAAAAAGAAAAGAUCAAAGGCCAGAGCUCGUGAUCGUGCCACCAUGCAGUUCAUCAAGAAGGUUCAACAUGACUCUAACCCUGUCUCUGAGCAGAAUACAUCAGGACAGCACAGUUCCUGUAGCGACGGGGACGUGGAUGACGUGAGCGGGAGAGAUGGAAUCCAAAGUCUUCCGUUGAACACUUCAAAUUUAGACUCGGAAAAAGCCACCCCAGUGAUGGCCUGUAAUGUCCAUCCAGAAUCUGGACUAAGAAAUGUCGCACCAUGUUGGUCAUCCAACCCUGGAGUGCACGGUCUGUGCCCGACUAUGACCCACAAUGCUUAUGUUCUUCACUGGCUACAGCAGCAAACAGGCCCGGUCAAAAACCAGCACGUAGAGGGAACUCCGCGUAGUCUCGGUAGUCCUUGUCACCAGACUUUCCAGGCCGCUUGUAAUGCGUGCAGUGGUCUGCCGCUGCAUAGCAGCCCAGUGCGUCAACCGCUGCACGCGCACAGUGGCUGCGCGUGUACCCCCAGCAAGCAAGACGUGACAAAUGAACUGAUCGCCAUGAUCCAGCAGGAGGCCUCGCAGACGCCGUGCUCGUUCCAGCUGCCAGCACCUAUGGUCCCAUGCCAAGGUCAAUCCCACAUUCCCAUCUCUCCGGACGCGCAGUCUUUCCUGGCAAUGUUGCAGCGCCGACCCGAAUUGCUAGCUUCACCCUGCAGCGUCUGUUCCGUGCAGCUGUCUCCCGGGAGCGUCGCCCAUCCCUGUACGAACCAGACCAAGCCGUGUACUCCUCACGGAGGUCAAGCGUGCAAUACCCCCCAGGGCUCAACUUGUCCAUCUUUCCUCAGCCCGCCCCGCAUUCAGCAUAGCAGUCCCUAUGUCCACUGCCAUUCUCCAAACCUGUGUUCCUUAGAGCACGCCGCCGCGUUGUUACAUCAGAGUCAACUAUGCGACAGUCCAGUACGCCUCAAUACCAGCAGCCUGAGAGCUAGCUACGGGAGUCCGUCAAGACAAGUGAUGAUGCAAAAUAGUUCCGUCAACUCAUCUCAGCAGAUUUUUGAAGAUAGCAUGGCAUCCAGCCCUUGCCGCAAUGCCAGUGCUGACAGGGCCAAAUUUGAUGACAAAGGUGCCAGUGAUAACCCGCCUCCCAUCGGUGUCUUCUGGGAUAUUGAGAAUUGCGCCGUGCCUCGGGGAAAGUCGGCAUUGGCCGUUGUUCAGAGUGUCAGGGAUCGAUUUUUCACCAACCACAGAGAAGCGGAAUUUAUGUGCGUCUGUGACAUCAAUAAGGAGAGCACGACAGUAAUACAGGAACUUAACGACGCACAGGUGACCGUGGCACACAUCAAUGCUACAGCAAAGAACGCAGCAGACGACAAACUGAAGCAAAGCUUGCGCCGCUUUGCUGACACACACAACCCUCCAGCUACUGUGGUACUCAUAUCAGGUGAUGUCAAUUUUGCACGUGACCUGUCUGACCUACGACACCGUAAUAACCUCAGAGUUAUCUUGAUCCAUCGAGAUGAAGCAUCUGAAGCCCUGAAGGCAUGCGCCAAUGAGGUGGUCAGAUAUCAAGAUCUCGUCCAGGACUUACCUUUCAGAUCACCCAAUAAGCAAACGGCCAUUGAAAGCUGCACUCUGAUCAUCCAUAACCUUCCUUGCCGCAAAGAUACCACCCAGCUGAGAAAUCGUCUCAGGCAACUGUCGGACAAUUGUGGGGGUAAAGUCAUUCACAUGUCGUACAAGAAUGCCGUCAUCCAGUUCCCCAAUGCAGAGAAAGCAAGCAGGGCCAAGAUCAGACUGGACGGAGAGAAUGUAUUUGGUAACAAGAUCUCGGUCGCUUACCCCAAGAACAAGCUCCAGUCCCGCAACGCAAACUCACCGGCGAGAUAUUCGAGCAAGGCGUCACCCCAGUUGGCUCAGGAUUUGAACGACGAUAUGACAGCAUCCGACAGUCGAGGAGACGAUGAUGCAGAUUGCUCCGAUCCGAAGGACGAUGCCAUCGAAGGACAGGAUGGCCCUCAAGAAGAGGGGUCAUCGAGAUCGGACACUGAACACGGGGCCUGUAGUGAGUCUCUCAACAAGGAUGGGAACUUUAGUCGGUCCAGUCAGCCGCAUUCCAGCUCCGCAGAUUCCCGUAAGCCACAAGCCACAGACGAGCCGGCAGCACGGAAUGCCUCAGCCAGCAGGAUAGCUGCAGCAUUUAGACCCAUACAGCACGAUGCAGCAUGCAGAACCGAGUCUGGUGACAGACCUGGGAGCAGCGCUGACAGCAAGCCGGUUGUUGAGAUCUGGCCACAGAAAGACUUGCAAGAUGCUGACGCUAAGGGUGCUGCUAACAAGAGAGGCUUCUUGCCUGUGCCUGCCUCUACGGUCUCGCUGAUGAACUGGUCGUCAACAGUUGGGAUGAACCAGCAGUCAAUCCGACCUCAGAUUACAGGACAGCCCAGCUACAAUGCUGACGCGGCACCGGGUCUGUUGCCAUUCAAACCAGCACCAUCAGUUCAGCGCAUUCCAACCCCACCGCAUCCUCCGCAAGGGCAGCCCGUCUGGAACCCGAGAGAUUACGAACCAGUCGGGCAGUCGCCAACAUUGAGAGGCAUCUACAGGCCGCCCUCACCGAUGCUGGCCAAUCCCAUGGGUGACUGGCAGUACAUGUCUGUCCAGGACUCGGACAACGGCGUCAGGAAAGGGGCGGAGUUGCUGGUGACCAACUUGGACAAUAAAAUGUCGCGACAGGACCUCAAGAAAUGUCUCCUGGCCAAACUCAAUGAUCACUGCAAGGUGCUUCAUCUGAUCUUUGGGAGUCCGGUGCCAGGCCGUUACCAAGUUGUUGUGCGAGUACCUAGUGUCCCAGAUGCCAUCAGAGCCAUGGCCAACAUUAACAGAUGUCAGAUUGGCUCCAGACUGGUCCACGUGUCUCUAUUAAUGCCCAGUGAUACCAAUGCUGAUAAACUCAGGCUGAUGAUCAUUCCGAUGCUACAAGAAAUCCCUGGAAUGUGCCUUCCAUUGUGUGAUUUGAAGCCCUCAUUUGAACACAGAUAUCGACAGACGUUGUAUGUUAGCGAUUUGUAUCAGAUACCUGAUACGGUGACGAUCCGAGAAACUCCGAUGGGGAAGGUGGUUGCCUUGACAACUCAGAGCAGAUCCAGCACACCCAAUUCAGGGAUUCAUUCACCAGCGGGGAACCAGUCACCGGCGUCCUUCCUCCCUCUCAAAGAGCCUGUGCCAGAGCCCUGUGAAGCCUUCUGUUCCGUGCACGAUUGCCAAGACUCGCUUCAGUACAGGAACCUGACUCAGGAUCCAUUUGUCGUUGUGUCGGUCAGAACGUUCGCUGCCCAAGUUCACACGCUACUCCUGAUGCACAACGGAAAGAUACCUCUUGUCAGUUUUAUGGUUUGUUACGCUGCUGAAUUUGCCAAGUUGACAGAGGACUAUGAGGACGGAGUACCUUUGGAACAUUCAUUGACUUGCAUCCAAGGUGUGCGCGUAGGAGUGAGUCGAGAUGGCUACAAAACCGUUUGUUGGGAGCAGAGCAAACCAGAGGCAGAAAAUGGAAGCCGAAGCACGACUCCUUUGCUGCCUCCACAGUUAUUCCAGUUCAGCAAGGAGGUUGUAGAACUUCUCAAGCAUACUCCAAGAUGUCGACUGGCCUUCUCCAAGUUCAUCCCCAGCUACCACCAUCACUUUGGUCGCCAGUGCCGCGUGGCCGACUACGGCUUCCUAAAGCUCAUAGAACUCUUUGACGCAAUAUCACAUGUGCUGCAGGUACUUGGAAUAACUGAAAAUAAACUGCUCACGUUGACGCAUCGGACACAGGUUAAACGUUUCUCCCAAGACUUGCUAAAAGUGCUGAAAUCACAAGCCAGCAAACAGAUAACUUUCCAGGAGUUUCCGUCAGCCUACCUGCGAUGCUUCAAUAAGCCGUGGAAGGUCACAGAUUAUGGAGUGUGUGAUCUCCAAGACUUACUGACGGAGGUUCCCGAAACCAUGGCCAUGAUAAAUUGGAAUGGGGACGACACCGUGGUCUUCAUACCGAAGAGAGAGCAAAACAAGGAGGAGCUGAUCCGCAUGCGCAAGUUCAGCCGGGAGGUAGUUGAUCUCCUCGCCUGCCAGCCCCGCCAUCGCAUCCUCUUCUCCAAGUUCAUCCCCACCUAUCAUCAUCACUUCAGUCGUCAGUGCCGAGUCGGCGACUACGGCUUCAACAAACUCCUGGAGCUGUUUGAAGCGAUGGAGGACGUCAUCCAGGUUGAGGAACAAGGGGACGAACGCGUAGUCAUACUGACCGCGAAUGAACAGCUGGCUGUCGUAGCUCAUCGCACGUCGGAAAUCCUACAACGGAACCGUCUCCACCUCAUCAACUUGGGUGUGUUCCACGAUGUUUACACCAGGUGCUACAUGUACCCAAUCUGCCUCAAGGACUUCCAUGCCAAGAAUGUGCAAGAGCUGCUGGCUAGAUUUCCUCAUGUGGUUGAGGUAGUCAGCGAUGGUUCCAUAGAGCGUCUGCAUCUGGUGGAGAAAGUCCACCUCAGCCAGUUGGCACAGCAGAUGUUGGUGGUGCUGUUGGAAACGGAACAGGGGUACCUUGCUAUCACUGAUGUCCAAACCGCUUAUCGCAGUGUCUGGCACCAAGACUUGAUUCCCAUUGAAUAUGGGCACAGCAGGCUGGUCACGCUCAUGAAGAUGCUUCCGUACGUCCUCAAGGUACAGAACGAAUGGUUGGAUGACUGCUCCGUGGAACUGACCCCAGCCCACCAGUUUGCGCGCAGGGCCCGCUACGUCCUGAUCAUGGAUAACCGGUUGAGCAUGACCCUUCAGGAGUUGGUCACUAAAUAUCACCGGCUGUAUGGAAUGGAGCUGCAGCCGGCCAACUUCGGCCACAGCACGCUGACCUCGCUGAUUGAAACGGUGCCCAGAGUCCUGUCACUAGUCAACAAGGGAGCAAAACGAGCCGUGACUCUCAAUCCGAGUUGCUUAGUUCCUGGCUUGCAGAUGGACAUGGGGAAGACCAACUCUUUACGAAGACUAAGUGAUCAGCGACUGUCCUAUGUUAAAGGAGAGCAUCCUAGACCGUCAUCUACCCCUGUGGAAUCAACCAGACCCUCUAGUUCACCGCGGCUAGUUCCUUCGGCAUCUGCCCAAUCUCUGAGUAGCCCUUUGGAGGCACCUCCUAUCUCAUCAGAUGCAUCAGUCAGCCCAGCAGUUGUGGAGAGAUCGUCAUCGUCGGCAGUCUCUCUGUCCGACAGGAGAGAAGAAUAUGCAACACCUCCAGAGAAGUCAAGCAGCGACUUGGAAGGCCGGACUUUGAGCACCCCUUGCGACAUCUCCAAGGCCUCACGACGACCCGGUACCAGGAGCCGAGGACGCUGUCAGCUGGCCGCCAAUUUUUCAGUGAAGGGAAGCGAAUAGGUUCAGCACGUGUAAGUAAAUACGACAGUAGGGCUGUUUGGAUUCCGAGGUCGCCAUGCGAUGCACGUCACCGUUCGUACCUUGCACUUUAGUUAUCUCAGUUAUUUGACCUGUGGUCAUGUUUUGAAUGUUUAUAAAUUGUCUUCAAGAUGUACAUGAAGUUGAGGUUCAUGUAAUGAGAAAGUUAUUUUUCUACAGUCAGUACUGAAGUGAAAUUUGAUUGCAUUGCCGUCCCUGAAAAUGUCAACUCUGAUUGAGAGAGUUAAUCGUGCAAGUUAAUUUUUUGGCCCAUCAGUUAGUCAUGUGUUGGGAAUUAAGCCAAUAGUUAAAGAGCACCUCUGAAGAAAA